ACCACUUUCUGGGGUCCAUAUAACCACAUAUUUAUCUUAGCUCGAUUUCAAAGAACAAUGAUAGAUAUGCUAUAAACCCAAUCACCGCACACGUCGUGAUCUGCCGUUUCUCAUAACAAUCGUAUUGCGCGGAGGUACACAUAGUUGUUUAAAUUUAUAUGUGUAUAUUAAUGAAAACCCUUUGUAAUAUCUGCCUCAUUUGCAGGUAAUCCCUCCAUCCACGCCAUGCUUGACUUCGAAAGCGGUCUUUUUUGUUGUUCUCUUAUGUAGUAAUUUUUGUUGUAGGGCGCCACCUACCGUAUCACCAUGGCUACCGUACGAGUGACCAUCCUUCUAAUUAUGUUGUACAGUACCAGACAUACGGUACAGGGACGCAACGGGACGAUGGACGACUGGAUUAGGUUGACUAACACGCUGUUUUCUAACUACACUAAGGAGAUAUUCCCUUUGUACAACUUUAGCGAUACAUUGAAUAUAGACACAUCCAUGUUUCCACUGUCCAUGCUCGACUUUGACGAAGUGUCCGGCGUCAUCACAUUAAGUGCUGGAAUGACGCUGAGCUGGAACGACUACCGUUUAAAAUGGACGCCAAGCGACUAUGGAGGAAUUGACUACAUAAACCUGAAUUCCUCGAAAGUCUGGAAACCGAAAGUGUACGUUGUCACUGCGGCUGAUGACCUGCGCCAGUUUGGUAGUGAUGAUUUUGAAAUAUUUAUUUCGUAUACUGGUCUCUUAAACUUCAGUCCAGGGAAGUUACUGCGGUCUACGUGUACAGUGGAUAUGACUAAAUUUCCAGUUGACACCCAGCUAUGCAGCAUUCGGGUAAUUCAAUGGGCAGCAUCACCCCAUACCAAACUCACCUUCGACGAUACGGAAAUGAAUAUGAUGUACUAUAUACCCAAUGGUGAAUGGAACAUUGAUAAAACCUCCGUAUCCUUUUUUAUGGGGUAUGGAUCUCCCUCUGAAACGCUUGAUUUUACUAUUCAUAUGUCUCGCCGAUAUAUCUAUUUUAUAGUUUCAAUGACUAUCCCGAUCCUGUUGUUGUGUUUCCUCAAUCCGUUCGUGUUCCUCCUGCCGGCCACCUCAGGUGAGAGAAUGUCCUUCACAAUCACCAUGUUCCUGUCUCUGGCGGUUUACAUGACGCUUGUAGGAGACAACCUUCCCAAAGUGUCAGAAAACAUGGCUGGGAUGUCGUACUUUCUACUAUUAACAUUAAUCUACAGCAGCACGUUGAUCGUGCUGACUAUAUUUACUCUUAGAUGUGAAGCCGUUGAUGACGUCAGUCAGUUUCCAAAAUGGUUGAGGCGACUUACGCGCUUCUGUUGUAAAUUCAGGGACACUAAAGUAACCAGCAACCCUAAGUCGGACAAGGUGAUGGAGCUGAAAGAGCAAGGAGGAUCGGAGGUCGAAGAGAUUGUUGAUGUUGACCUAGAGUGCUUAUGCAUUAAAAACCAGGACGUGAUGAAAGUCAUUGAUAAUUCCCUUUUCGCCAUUUCCUUCCUAGUUAUUGUUAUAAUGACCCUUUGGUUCCUGUGUACUUAUUAUGCAUAGUACGUUUAAUGACGUCAUGUCAUUAAGUUUUUAGCUAUAGAGAAAAAACGUUUCAGUUGAGAUACCAAUCAAUUUUAAGUGUAUAGCGACAGUGUUGUGGUGCAUUGGUUGUUUGAUUUCUAUGCGACAAAUCAAUAUUUUGGGUGUGUUUUGAUUUCUGCUCAAUCUUAACACAAAGGAAUUAUCUGUUGUGUUUCAUUUGCCAACGAAGUUGACAAAAUUGGCAUUGCCUGUAAUAACAAGUCUGUCACUGAUUGUACACUGUUAACUCAGUAUUGAUCCACCGUAACAGCAGAACGUUUGUGGUGUAUUUCGUUCUAUUAGCAAUAUAGAACAAAUUGAAAAGUACUUGUUUUGUACUGUGAUUACGUGCAAUACAAAUGUUGUUUUCGUAACGAUUUAUUUCGACUAGGUCAUGUCGACGGAGAUUUGACACGUAGACUUGCACAAGCCCCAGUGUUUCCAGUGCUCCUUGUUAAACUUUUACAAGUUGUAGGCAUUUUCACACAAAUUCAAUUUUAAAUACUUGAACUGAAUCUUGCAUUGGCGGAUCAAAUGAUGUCAAUUUGAAAUGCUUUGCAGUAACUUUAAUAGUCUCCACACCAACUUAAUUUCUCGCUAAGAGAAUUGAAACAGGUGACGUUUAGAUUGAAAGUGUGAAGUGAUCGCUUGGCUUCAAUUUGUUAUUCUGCUUACUUUUGUAAAUAAACAACAUUUUAAAUCAAUGAAUGACUAUCAUUAUGUACUAAAUUGGUAUAGAACAACCAGUUAAAUUUAAUGUAUGUGCAUUGUAGUUAAUGGUUUCUAUGACUUAUCGUCCUCUAUUUGUAUAAGAUAUCAGAUAUGAUCUCUGUUUGCAAUACAUGUCCAGCACACACGUAGGCGUACACACACGGAAAUAUUAGCCAGGUGGCAUAGGACUAGUAGUUAACGCCUGGUAAGGCAGCUUCUGCAAAUUUCUCCAAAAAUUGUAUUAAUUUAUGUACACUGUAUAUAUUUUUAUUGCAUUAAUUGUAUAUCCAUAUACCGUGAAGAGCUUUAGAGUGGCUUAUGUUAGCUAAAUAAGGCACUAUAUCAAAUGUUAUAUACUAUUAUUUUCUAAGGCUUGUUUCAUUUGUACUGUCAAUUUCUAUGAGACAGCAGUUAUUUUGUAUGUAUAGAGUUGUAUGUUGUAUAGAUUAUUACAUUAUAUCUGUAUCAAGACAAGUUAUAUUUUAUGAAAGAAGUUAUCGGUUUCUGUAGCUUUAUAAGCUGAUUUGUAUGAAGACAGCGAUUAUACGUAAUGUAUGCAGUAGUAAGUUUCAUUAACGUAUUAGUUUAAACAUAUUCUAUUGACAACAUAUUGACAAAGGGAUUAGUCGGUAAGUUUUUCCGACUUAUCCCUUUGUCAAUAUGUUGUCAAUAAAAUAAAAAAACUUGCACAAGCCCCAGUGUUUCCAGUGCUCCUUGUUAAACUUAUACAAGUUGUAGGCAUUUUCACACAAAUUCAAUUUUAAAUACUUGAACUGAAUCUUGCAUUGGCGGAUCAAAUGAUGUCAAUUUGAAAUGCUUUGCAGUAAAUUAAAUAGUCUCCACACCAACUUAAUUUCUCACUCAGAGAAAGGAAAUAGGUGACGUUUAGAUUGAAAGUGUGAAGUGAUUAUAAGUAAUGUAUGCAGGAAUAAGUUUCAUUAACGUGUUAACCGAUAUUUAUAUACAGACAGUAGUUUUUGUUAAUGUAUCAAGUGAUUUGUUUCUAUUAUUAAUUGCAUUUAUAUUUAAAGACACUAAUUAUAUUUUAUGAAUUCAGCUGUUGGUUUUGAUUGGUUAUUAAAGUGAUAUUCGUAUCAAGUUUAAGUUUAUUGUUUUUCCUCAGAUACAUUAAAAUGUACAACAUGAGGUAUCAGAAUAUAAUAA